AUGGAAAAACUGUUCUGCAGCAUCCUGGUGUUUGGAAUGGCUGUUGUGGUCAACGCCUGUCCAAAAUACUGUGUUUGUCAGAAUCUGUCUGAGUCACUGGGGACCCUCUGUCCUUCAAAAGGACUCCUUUUUGUACCACCAGACAUAGACAGGAGGACUGUUGAACUCCGGCUUGGGGGCAACUUUAUUAUUAAUAUCAGCAGACAGGAUUUUGCCAACAUGACUGGCCUUGUUGACCUUACCUUGUCUAGGAAUACCAUCAGUUACAUUCAGCCCUAUUCUUUUGCUGAUUUAGAAAGCCUACGAUCUUUGCAUUUAGACAGUAAUAGGCUGCCUGACAUUGGGGAGGAUAUUUUGAGAGGCUUGCUUAACCUUCAGCACUUGAUUCUAAACAACAACCAACUAAAUUAUAUUUCAGAAGAAGCUUUUGAAGACUUCCUGAUUACCUUAGAAGAUCUGGAUCUUUCUUAUAAUAACCUCAAAAGCAUCCCUUGGGAAUCCAUAAUGAAGAUGGUAAACUUGCACCAGAUUAGUUUGGAUCAUAAUUUGAUAGAUUAUAUCACAGAGGGGACCUUUGCAGACCUUCAGAAACUAGCCAGAUUGGAUCUAACUUCAAACAGACUUCAGAAGCUUCCUCCUGAUCCCAUUUUCGCCAGGUCUCAAGUAUCUCCAUUAACCUCAACUCCAUUUUCUCCACCUUUAUCUCUAAGCUUUGGAGGAAACCCUUUGCAUUGUAACUGUGAACUACUGUGGCUACGGCGCCUGGACAGAGAUGAUGAUAUGGAAACUUGUGCUUCUCCUCCAGGUUUAAAGGGAAGAUACUUUUGGUAUGUCCGGGAAGAGGAAUUUGUUUGUGAGCCCCCUCUGAUUACCCAGCAUACUCACAAAUUGUUGGUUUUAGAAGGACAAACUGCCACUUUAAAGUGCAAAGCCAUUGGAGAUCCAUCUCCAGUCAUUCACUGGGUGGCACCAGAUGAUCGACUUAUUGGGAAUUCUUCAAGAACAAUCGUUUAUGACAAUGGCACUUUGGAAAUCCUUAUCACAACCUCUAAGGAUUACGGAACGUUCACAUGCAUAGCGGCAAAUGCUGCUGGAGAGUCUACUGCAACCAUUGAGUUAUCCAUUGUCCAGCUUCCACAUCUCAGCAAUGGUACAGGUCGGACAGCCCCUCCUAAAUCAAGACUUUCUGACAUCACAAGUUCCAGCAAGUCUAAUCGAGGAGAAAACAAGGGACCACCAGAUAGGGCAGUCUUGGUUUCUGAGGUGACAACUACUUCGGCUUUAGUCAAAUGGACAGUAAGCAAGUCAGCUCCAAGAGUUAAAAUGUACCAGCUGCAAUAUAACUGCUCGGAUGAUGAAGUUCUAAUUUACAGGAUGAUUCCAGCUACAAAUAAGGCUUUUGUGGUGAACAACCUGGUUUCUGGAACAGGCUAUGAUCUUUGUGUUCUGGCCAUGUGGGAUGACACUGCCACAACGCUCACUGCUACCAACAUAGUGGGCUGUGCCCAGUUCUACACCAAAGAGGACUAUCCCCAAUGCCAGUCCCUGCACAGCCAGUUUCUGGGUGGGACCAUGAUUUUAAUCAUUGGAGGCAUCAUUGUGGCAACUCUGCUGGUAUUUAUCGUCAUACUCAUGGUGCGGUACAAGGUUUGCAACAACGCCCCUGGCAAGAUGGCCAAUGUUAGCAAUGUCUAUUCUCAAACCAAUGGAUCUCAACCAGUCCAGAAUGGAGUCCUGCCACAAGUCAAUCCCAAAAUUGUGGUAAGAAAUGAACUCAUGGAGUUUAACUGUGAAUCAGCACACAGCAGCAUCUCUUCUUCCUCUAGCGACUGUGAUGGCUACAGCCUCCAGAGUGAGCAGGGCACAUUGUCCAGUAAAUGGAGGCCCCCAUCAAGAUCAAAGCAUCACAAUAUUGAUCGGCUCAUGGGAGCUUUCGCCUCUCUGGACCUGAAGUGUCAGAAAAAGGAGGAAACAAUAGACUCAAGAACUUCCAUAGCUGCCCGUCACUCAGACAAGGAGCCACUUUUGGGUCAGCAGGAAUCCAAAUUUCGUAGCCUCCUCAUGUUGCCACUGGAGGGUAAAACUAAACGUAGCCAUUCUUUUGACAUGGGGGACUUUUCCACAUCUCAGUGUUGCAACUACCCAAAAAAGAUCACAAACAUUUGGACAAAACGUAGUUUGUCAGUGAAUGGUAUGCUUUUACAGUACAAUGACAGUGACCUGACUGAGUCAAAGGGAACUUAUGGGAGCUCAGAGUGGGUCAUGGAAAGCACAGUGUAA